GGGCCGUGCGCUCUGGGGCACCUCACACAGACGGGAGCAGGGAGGCUGCUUUUUGCGCGUGCAUGUGGCGGUGGGGGUGGGGGUAAGGGGGGAGAUCCUGCUGCACUGGCCGCCCAAGUUGAGGGGCGAGCUCAGCGGUGACGCGCGGCCCUCACGUGACCGGGAGCUGCAAAGCUACGCAGCCUUCGGUGCAGUAGUCACUCGCGUCUGGCUACCAGCUCCCCGCUGCCCUGCGCUCGGCGGGCUGGCAUCCGGCCCGGGGAAAAGCGGAGCAGGUCUGCGAGGCUAAGUGUCCGGGCGGCGCACCUAGAGGCGAGAAUCCGGAGGAGGAGGAGACCGCAAGGAUAGGCCCAGGAAAACGAAGAGAUGGAGCAGCCCAUGCAGAAUGGAGAGGAAGACCGCCCUUUGGGAGGAGGUGAAGGCCACCAGCCUGCAGGAAAUCGACGGGCACAGGCUCGCCGACUUGCCCCUAAUUUUCGAUGGGCCAUACCCAAUAGGCAGGUCAAUGAUGGGAUGGGUGGAGAUGGAGAUGAUAUGGAAAUAUUCAUGGAGGAGAUGAGAGAAAUCAGGAGAAAACUUAGGGAGCUGCAGCUGAGGAAUUGUCUGCGUAUCCUUAUGGGGGAGCUCUCUAAUCACCAUGACCAUCAUGAUGAAUUUUGCCUUAUGCCUUGAUUCCUGCCAUUUAUCAUGAGAUUAAUACUGUGAUUCUCGCUGUUUUCCUUUUCCUUGCAUUUUCCUAAUAUGCCUUUACUGAUCCGUUUGCUGUGAACCCUAUGUUAUUUCCAUGUGUCAAGUGGGUCUUGUGUUGCCAGUUUCUAAUUGGAGAUUGCCUUUGCACUCAGUCUAAGUUUCUGUCAGCAGUAAAGUUUCACCCAUGUGCAUGGAAAAAUUUAAAGUUAAUAAAGCAAUUUAAAAAGCAAUCUA